AAAGGUCAGACUUGACGGGAAAGAAGCCAAUUUGGCAGCACUGAUUAACCAAAUUUAAUACGAUUUAAAACAACAAAGCAACAAGGGAAAAAAAGUAGAUUCAAUACAAAAUAAUAAUAAUAAUGCAUACUGUAUACGCUGUGUUAAAGAACAAACUUAGCGAUGUCCAUCCUCUGCACAAUAUUGACUUGAAUAAAAAAGUGGGCGAGCUAAAAAUGUUGAUUUCCAAAGAGCUGCAAUUGCAAUUUGAGGCCAGUGAAUUGGAGCUGUGCUAUCAUGGAGAAAUAUUGGAAGAUGUCAAUACAUUAAACCAAGCAUCCAUUAAACCAAAUUCUUUGAUCCAUUGCUUUCGAAAGACCAAGAGAUAUGACGGCUAUGUGCCACCUAAUAUUACAGAGAUCAACACGAAGCACAUUCAGGAGCUUUUCUCGAUGACUUCGCAUUUGCAGAUUAGUGUUAGCUCACGUUUCAAUAUAUUGCAAAAGAUUUUGGCUGAAUAUCCAGAAUUUCGACGCAAUUUGGGUGCCCAGGCUUUGAUACGUGACUCGGUGCUUUUCAAUAUGCUGCACGAGCCGGAGGUAGUGCAGAAUCUGGUUAAAGACUAUCCAUUAAUAUGUGAGGCAGCUCCUUAUAUAGUGGAUACCAUACGCAAGGAAUUGGCACGUAAUAGCUCGGCUACUCAGUUUCAAGAACAGGCAGCUUCAGAGUCGACCACUUCAUCGGAGGAGGAAAGCUCUUUGGGGGCAGGCAGUAGCAGCAGUGGCGGUAGUAGUAGUACUGCUGUCGCCUCAGCUGCCGCCUACCGUCGCGAUGAGAUGGCCAAUAUCCGCCUAAUCAGUCGCCAACAAUUGGCCAAUGCGUUGGCCAAUGUCAGUUCGUUUAAUUCAUUGUCCAAUAUAGCACAACGUAAUGCCGAUGAAGCCGCACAGGAUAGCGGAUCGGGAUCCGGAUCAACAUCAACAAGUGUCAAUCCUUCAGGAGCUAGUAGCUCUACUGGAGGGCCAAUUACUUCGGAUUUGUUACGUACUGAAUUGGCUCGGGCGUUUCAAUCUCUGCAAGGAGCAGCAGCAACUUCAGCCAGUCAACAGCCGCCUGUAGAGCAAAUGGAUGUGGAUCAGGCCAACGCUCCGUCUGGAGUGUCACAAGAAGAGGACGAUCACGAUGGGGACGAUGAUGAUGAUGGUGCAGUCGAUGAUAGCGAUGUCCUGCCACGAUGCUAUCGCCGCCAUCGUUUCACCGAUCAAUUGCGCACCAUGGCCGCCAUGGGUUUCAUUAAUCAUACACAGAAUGUCAACUAUUUAACCUUGGCCGAUGGCAAUGUGGAGCAUGCCAUAAAUUUGCUAAUGCUUGGAAUGAAUUAAAUUUCAUUUACAUCAAUUUCUGUUUACAUAAAUUAUAUACAUACUUACAUACACAUAAAAUAUACUUAAGUUGAAACAAA